AUGUCAGUUUACACUGCACAGAGUAGAAAUGACAGCAAUAUCCUUGGUAUCCCUUCUUCCCCAAAGAGUUCAUCGCUGCCUGUUCUCCCCCACGGUAGCAGGCUGAAGCAGCAUUCAAAGUCGGAUAUGUCGGAAUGUGAAAAUGAUGAUCCGUUAUUGAUAUCCGCAAGUAAAAGCAGAGACAUAAAUAGCACUUAUGUUAUCUCUGCCUGUAAAAAAACGGAAGAUACACCCCUUCCCCCUAACCCUGUGGGUAGGUUAACACUUCAGAGGAGAGUGACAAGGAGCAAAGAACCCUCUCUGCUUGGUGAGUUGGGAGACACAACUGCGAAAACAGCAGAAACAUGUCUUGCGUUACAACGUCGGGCUAAGACAGAUUCUGUGGAAAAGUGGAAAGCAUCGCAGAAUGUGGGAGGUAAAGGAGAAAACAACUGUGCUUCACCAGAAACUAGUAUAAAUGCAAAGACUGUAAAUAAUGAUAGAAACUUUCUUGUCACACCUUCUGUACCUUUAGCUGCAGACCCAAAAGACCCUGAAGUGAAGGCUGGUGGAAAAUACAAAGAAACGCUUUCCGCUGUUGGUGGGGCAGACGAAAAUGUUGCCCUUAAGUCCCUAAGUGAUAGACCACCCGCUGGUUCCCAGAGUCAGACUGAAGCUGUUAGAUCAGGACGCUUGGCAACAAAACCUAUUCAGAGCAAGUUGGAUAUCAGAGCGUCAGGAACAGGAAGCUUACAUCACAGAAGUGCUGGGAAGGAUGGUGCGAAACUUGCACCUAAAUUUGAAAGCUUAGAGAAAAGAACACCUUCGAAGUGUGUUACAGAGCACAGAUCGACACCAAAGCGUGGCAUUCCUCAGUUUAAGAGCCCAGCUGCGUCAGUUCUGAAAAACAGGAUACCUACCCUUCAAGUUAAACAAAGGCCGAAAAGUUCUUUUCUCACAAACAAAAGGGAACGGUCACGAGAAAAUAUAUUCCUUCUUGAAGAAGAAACUGCACUUCGGAGAACCUCUACAGAAACAGACCCCUUAAAAGUGGAAAACAGUCAAGUGACGGUGGCAGUCAGAGUCAGGCCUUUCAGCACGCGAGAGAAGAGUGAAGAAACAUCCCAGGUGGUCUUCCUGAAUGGGGAAGAAAUAGCUGUGGAACAUCCCAGCAUGAGACAGGUGUACAGUUUUGUUUACGACCUUUCCUUCUGGUCUGUUGAUGAGUGUCAUCCCCGCUUCGCGAGCCAGACGGCCGUGUACGAGGCACUGGCAGCCCCGCUCCUGGAACAGGCCUUUGAAGGCUUCAACACCUGUCUCUUUGCUUAUGGUCAGACUGGCUCUGGAAAGUCCUAUACGAUGAUGGGAUUUAGUGAAGAACCAGGAAUAAUUCCAAGAUUCUGUGAAGGUCUUUUUGCCGAAAUAACCAAAAAACAAACCCAGGAGGUCAGCUAUCACCUUGAAAUGAGCUUCUUUGAAGUAUAUAAUGAAAAAAUUCACGACCUUCUGGUUUGUAAAGGUGAAAAUGGGCAGAGAAAGCAAACACUGCGAGUGCGGGAGCACCCGGCCUCCGGCCCCUACGUCGAGGGCCUGUCCACGAAUGUUGUCAGCUCUUACUCUGAUAUCCAGGUUUGGCUGGAACUGGGAAAUAAGAGGAAGGCAACUGCGGCCACUGGCAUGAAUGACAAAAGCUCCCGCUCGCACUCAGUGUUCACCCUGGUGAUGACCCAGACCAAGACAGAAUUUGUGGAAGGGGAAGAGCUGGAUCACAGAAUUCGGAGCCGCAUAAACCUGGUGGACCUGGCGGGCAGUGAGCGCUGUUCCGAGACCCAGACGAGCGGGGAGCGGCUGAAGGAAGGCGUGAGUAUUAACAAGUCCCUGCUGACCCUGGGAAAGGUCAUAUCCGCGCUCUCCGAGCAGGCCAGCGGGAAGAGAACAUUCAUUCCUUACCGCGAGUCUGUCCUCACAUGGCUGCUGAAGGAAAGUCUGAGCGGAAAUUCCAAAACGUCGAUGAUCGCCACGGUCAGCCCGGCGGCCAGCAGCGUGGAGGAGACCCUGAGCACGCUGAGAUACGCCACCCAGGCCCGGAUGAUAGUCAACGCCGCCAGGGUCAACGAGGACGUGAGCGCCAAGUUGAUCAGAGACUUGAAAGCAGAAAUUGAAAAGUUAAAAGCUGCUCAAAGAAACAGUCAGAACAUUGACCCUGAGCGAUAUAGGCUCUUUCGGCAAGAAAUAACAUCCUUGAGAAUGAAGCUGUAUCAGCAGGAGAGAGACAUGGCAGAAAUGCAAAGAAUGUGGAAAGAAAAACUUGAACAAGCUGAAAACAGGAAACUUCAAGUAACAAAGGAGUUACAGAAAGCAGGAAUUACAUUUCAAAUGGACAACCAUGUGCCAAACCUGGUCAAUCUCAAUGAAGACCCUCAGCUGUCGGAGAUACUGUUAUAUAUGAUAAAAGAGGGAACAACUACAGUCGGAAAGUAUAAACCAAACUCGAGCCGUGACAUCCAGUUGUCGGGGGUGCUGAUCGCCGACGAGCACUGCACCAUCAACAAUUUCGAUGGGACCGUGAGUAUCAUCCCAGCUGGGGAAGCAAAGACAUAUGUAAAUGGAAGACUUAUUUCGGAACCCACGGUAUUACACCAUGGUGACCGGGUGAUUCUUGGUGGCGAUCAUUAUUUUAGAUUUAAUCAUCCAGUAGAAGUCCAGAAAGGGGAAAGACCGCCCAGUAGAGAUGCUCUUGUGAGUGAGGGUCCAAGAGACUUUGAAUCUGCAAAAAAUGACUUGCUCUUGGCACAGAGAUUACAACUUGAAGCAGAAAUAAAGGAGGCGCAGUUGAAAGCAAAGGAAGAAAUGAUGCAGGGGAUCCAGAUCGUGAAAGAAAUGGCUCAGCAAGAGCUUUCCUCUCAAAAAGCUGCGUACGAAAGCAAAAUAAAAGUCCUGGAAGCAGAACUGAAAGAAGAAUGUCAAAGAAAGAAGAUACAGGAAAUAAAUAACCAAAAGGCUAAUUACAAAAUUGAGGAACUAGAAAAGGCAAAGCAGCGUUUUGAACAGGAAAUAUAUGUCAACAAAAAGCGGUUAGAAAUGGAGACUUUGGCUACGAAACAGGCUUUAGAAGACCACAGGAUCCGCCAUGCAAGAAUUCUGGAAGCUUUAGAAACCGAGAAACAAAGGAUUGCUAAGGAAGUACAAAUUCUACAGCAAAAUCAGAGUAAUAGGGAUAAAACUUUCACAAUUCAGCCCAGUUGGAGCUCCAUGAAACUCUCCGUGAUGAUUCAGGAAGCCAAUACCAUCAGCAACAAGUUAAAAAAGAAUUAUGUUUUUGGCAGACAUGUAUCAGAUAAAGGAAGUAGUUCUGACACUUGUAUUCAGGUUCGUAACCUGCAACUAGGGGUCUCAACUGUCUGGAGUCUGGAAAAGUUUGAGUCUAAGCUUGCGGCAAUGAAAGAACUUUACGAGAGCCAUUGUAGUAACAAGUGUGAAGAUGUGUUUUGCGACCCUGAAGAUGAAUGGGAACCCGACAUCACAGAUGUUCCAGUGUCUUCAUUUUCCAGAAGGAGGAGCAGGACUCUGAUGAAGAACAGGAGGAUUUCCAGCUGCCUGCAUGGCAUAGCGGCCCCCGCGGCCCAGGAUUUGCACUCUUCACACUCAUCAGGCUUAGCGGGGAAAUCAAGCCCCGUGUACCGAGAUUCAGCAGAAUCCUUUCUUCCCGGAGUUUGCAAGGAAUUGAUUGGCUCGUCGUUAGAGCUUCUUGGACAGAGUGACGAUGAAGAAAACACUGUCGCGGACAACUUGAUUAGUAAUUUCCUUAAAAUCCACGACGGGAUACUCGCCGUGUCCAGAGCUCAUGAAGAACAGGACGAAGACAGUCAGAGUAACGUGUUCUCCGAUCGAGCAAACCAGUCGCUCGCUGUGCAGGUGGCGAGCGCCUUCGAGCGGCUCGUGGUGCUGACGAGACACUGGCUGAGCGGCGUCCCCCCCAGGCCCGGCACGGGGGCUUCGCCGGCCGAGCUGAGACGGGAAGUGAGGAAGCUGGGAGGCUGCUUACAGUUGUUUCUGCAGGGAUGCUCUUCAGAUAUUUCAUCAAUGGUGAAAGAGGCUCAAAAGCAAGUGAUCCAGAUCGUACACCAAGCCAUCAAGUACGCGGGGCAGCUAGCAGCUCUCAGCGGGGACCAGCUGCGCUCCCUGGAGAGCAGCGACUGCGGGGCUGCCGGCCUCCAGGAUGAUUUCAUGGGUGCUGUUUGUGAUGGUGUAGGCUUGGGAAUGGAGAGUCUCCUAGAUUCUGGCCUAGAAAAAGCAAAAGAGCUUGAGCGUGCACUCCGAAGGCAGAGUCCCCAAGAUGAGGUUACCGAGCAGAUGAAAGCUAAUGCCGUAGGAUUGAUUGAAUCCCUUGAAAGCCUCUUUGCUGAGUGGAAAACAAAAAGCUUCAGAACUCAAGUACAAGAAGAAAAUUCUGGAUACCAAGAUUUGAAGAAGAUGCUUAAUUUUGCCCCAGAAUUCUUGAAGUUAAAACAUUGCUUAGAGCAAACUAUUCAAAUUAUUAUUUCUGCGCUGAGAGGGCACCGCGGCCACGUAGCACUCCUCCAGGACUGUGUCCAGAGUCUCUGCAGCUCGGCCAGGGGUCUCCACGGCGACCGAGCCCGCCACAGGGAGCUGGAAUCUCGAGCUACCUCACUCCUCUUGGGUUUUGGAUUUGAAGAAAGACCUGGUUUGUUGGGACCCUGGGAAGCUUGUGAUGGGGAUCCCACAGCAGCAGGACGAGAGCAGCCUGAGCCAGACAGGCCCGGCCCCUGGAGGACCCGAGGUGUACCCAAGCGGGUGUAUGAGCUCCCGGGCCCGGCCCCGGGGGGCUCAGAGCAGGGCGCACUGCCCACCCAGGAGGGCGCUGGUCGGGGGUCUCCCACCGCCGGAGAGCAGAGUGACCACUUCACAGACAUCUAGUCUGUGGGUGGCCUCCUGUUGGGUGUGGACAUAUAAACGCAGUGGAUCCUGAUUCCAGAUGCCUGUGUGUGCACCCAGAGGUUUCCCAGCAGACGGUUUAAAACAGGUAUUUACUAUGUUGGAACUUUGUGGCAAUAGGAUGGAAUCAGGAGUUCAAAGCCAAGUGAACCUUCCUCUGGUUUUCCGUCGCCUUGAAUUGUAAGUGUUCAUCUUUGACGCUGACGUGCGGUCUCUGGUUGGCUCACUAGCCUGUCGGUAAAGGGUUUUUGUGGUGAUUGUGAGUUAUUUUCCUGUGAGUGGAAACUUUUGUGCCUGUAUCUGUGCUCCCCUGCAAAUAGCAACGAUGAGUUUUAUGGUGAAACUGCUAAAACAGGUCUAACCAGAGCAGCUUAACUUGCCCCGGUAAAUCUAAAGCUCUUUUCUUGAAGGGUUAACUGGCUGCUGUUCUGAGUAGCGUGUUCAGGACACAGUUUCCUGUUUCUUUCCAAAUUAUAAGGCGCUUCCUAAGUAUGGUAUAGUUUACAUUAACAGUGCGGCUUGCUGGCGUACUAGUUUACUUCGUUAUCCGUUGGGGGUCAUAUUAGGGGCUGUGCGAGUAUCAUUUACAACCAGUUAAACACUGCCAGAAGCACACUUGACGGUUAGAUGAGGUUGGGAGGCCAGAGGCUGGGUCGUUCCUUGAUAAUCCUUGUUUGAUAAGCGAGCAAUGAGAGCUUGUGUGUGAUCUGAUGACGAUUAAAGGGCCUCACUAUGUCUCACAGCUUUAUCUACAGUCAGGUAAUAAAGAUGACAUUGUACUUCAGGCGUCUUCCACUGAGGAAAUAGUUUGACAUUUCUGACGGCAGAAAUGUAUGUAAAAUGAAGAGAUACACAGUGGCCUUGCUUGGGUGAUGUCAAGCAUUUCCUGGAGAAGAAUUAUUUUAACCGACCAGGUCUUUCCCUCGCAGACACACUGCGUGCUCGGCACGGCUGCUGGGAGCCAGCUGUCGGUGCCAGGGCUGAGUGUGAUGCUUUUCUCAUUGGGCAGAGCUUGUUCUGACACAGUGACCAGUAUUUAUUUACGGUGUUAAUGAACCACGUGUCUUCAGGUGCUUUGAAAUGGUGCAGUGUAAGAAAUGUGCUUUUGUUUUCUUUCUCUUUUAUUUUUGGCGUUUGCGCUUGUAUUCCUUCUGAGGUUCCGUGUGUAUUUGUCGUAGCUGAUGCUCUACCAAGGGGCACUUUGAUCUGAAGUUUUACGAAGAGUAGGUGUGCAGACAAGGAUCCUCUGAAGGUCUUAAAGUAUUAGUUUGGUGGGUUUUAUCUUAAUUUUCAGUAUUUAAUCUUUACUUUUGCUUUCUAAACUCAUGACUUCAUUGGUCAGAAACCUUUCUUUAUUGUCUUUGUAAAAUUUUGUAUAUACAUGUGUUUAUACUCUGGGCCGUUACAUGAUAUUUGAUCCAA